CGGCACACCGCUGCCGCCGCACCAUCCAGCCACCUCCCACAGCCCAGUGGCCCACCGCACGUCCGCACAGCCGCACUCCAAUCCUACAGCCUUCUAGAUCUAGGAACUUGAUCCAUCCCUUAAUAAUGUCAGGUACUGCACAUGAUGAUGAUGCUGCUCAUGAACAGAAGAGUUCUGAGAGUUCUGAGAGUAGGAUAUUGAAGCUUUAUACAGAAAGGUUCAGAUCAUUUGCUGGUAAAAAUGGAAAACAGCCUCCACCUUAUUCAGAUGGAAUUCUCACUCCUCCUUGGCACAAGGAUAGUCGUUACAUGCUUAGGAAACCACGAGAUGAAUCCUACAUUGAUGCUGCAUUCCGCUCCAGCUGCACCAAUGAAGUCUUUAUGUUCACUGGUUUUCAUUACUUUGUUGUCAAGUAUGAUGCCCAGUCCUACUCACAAAAAGAAGCGAAUGAGAAUCAUGUCAUCACCAAAUCCCCACUCUUGCUCAUUGAUGGUUUUUAUGAACUUUAUGGUUGUACUGGAUUUCGUGAAGGUGGAGUUGAUGCUGCUUUUGGUUGUUACGGUACUAAUAAAGCAUUUCUCUUUUCGAGGACAUGGGUUGCAAAGAUAGAAUAUGACUCUGACAAUGAGGGUCAGGUUCUUGAACUUCAAGGUAUGCGAGGGUGGUUUAUGUCUCCAGAUGAUACAAAGUUUUCUCGGGGAUACUUGGAUGCUGCUUGUGAAUCCACCGUGCCUAAUGAAGCUUACUUGUUUAAGGGCUCCGACUACGCCCUCGUUAAUUACGCUAAUCAGUCUCAGUUAACCCUCAUCAAAGAAGGUCGCAUAACAGACGAGUUCACUUGCUUGUGCAACACACCGUUUGAAAGUGAUAUUGGAUCUGCCUUUGCUUCGCACAAAUUUAAUCAGUUUUACUUCUUCAAAGAUAACACUUAUGUGCUCAUUGAGUUUGACUCUAAAGCCAAGGAAAGCCGCAUAAUUGCAGGUCCUGAGGAAAUUGUACCCACCAACUGGCCUUGUUUAGUAAGUUAUCUGCCUUACCAGAAGUAUAAAGAAAACCCUUUAACUAUACAGCCCAAAACAUGGAAACCGAUUUUCGCGGGGGGUUUCUCCACCGUGUUCCCCUUGCAAACGACUCUCUUGAAAGAAAUAGUUCUGAGAGGAAGGUGGAGGAUUAUGCUCCUGAUGCCUCAGGAAGUAGCUCUAAGAGUAUGCCUGGCCCCAAUGAGGCAUCACUGGAAUAUACUGAUGGUCCUUUUGACGACUUUGAAGCCUUAAAUAGGAGGUUAUGUGACUUCUCUGAUUAUGGUCUGGAUUCUAGCACUUAAGGUAUGCGAAAUCAUGAAAUGCUGGAGGUUGCUGCUUGGGGUUUCUGGUCAUGUUUUGAAAUACUGUUAGACAGGCUCAUGCUGCAUGGCGGAUGAUGAUUCACUUUAGUUUUGCCAAAAGACAGCAAGUAACGGGGUAUUUAUGUUUCAAACGUUUGAAGUAGUGAUCUUAGGAUCUUUAUUUCUCUUGUGGUAGAAUUCCAGUUUUUAUGUUAUUGUUCAUCAGUUUAUGUAACAUAAUAGUUUUGCUAUUGGGUUUAGACUUUACCAAACACAGCUAAACUAAUGUCUUUGAAAUACUAAUCAAACCUUUGAAUCUCGUUGGCUUGUUUUAUUGAUCGUGGGCUUUUAAUUUA